AUGAGUUUGGAGUCCAACCGCUCUUCUCUACCUCUUCCAAUUUUCCAUGGAGAAAACUACGAUUUUUGGUCCAUCAAAAUGAGGACCUAUUUUCGAUCACAAAAUCUAUGGAAAAUUAUUGAAGAGGGAGUCACUAUUCCGGAAGACAUUACAUCUCUUUCGGAAGAUCAAAAGAAGGUAAUGGAGGAUAGUCAACAAAAGGAUUCUCAUGCAUUAUACUGCUUGCAGCAAGCUAUGGCAGACAAUCUUUUUCCACAGAUUAUGGGCGCAGCAACGGCAAAAGAAGCAUGGGACACGCUGCAGGAGGAGUUCCAAGGAACAAUUAAGGUACGCACUGUUAGACUACAAAAGCUUAGAAGAGAUUUUGAAAAUCUUAAAAUGAAAGAUAAUGAGACUGCAAAAGAUUACUAUUCUAGAAUUAAAGAAAUAGUAAAUCAAAUGGGAGCCUACGGAGAAAUAAUUUCUGACAAGAAUAUAGUACAAAAGAUACUAAUUUCUUGUACAGAAAAAUAUGAUUCAAUAGUUUCUGUGAUAGAGGAAACUAAAGAUUUAGAAACUCUAUCACCAACUGAACUAAUGGGCUCUCUUGAAGCAUAUGAAAAUAGACGAGAAAGGCAUAAGGAAAGUGAAGCUGAAAAUGCCUUUCAGUCUAAAAUCAAUCCACGGUCUCAAAAACCAAAUGUUGAUGGGAAAAAGACACAAGAAAAACAAAAAGAAAAUAAUGACAAGUAUCCUCCAUGUGGCAUUUGUAAAAGAAAAAUUCACUUUGGAGAAAGACUGCUGGUUUAA